GUCCGACAUCAUGAGUCAGCGGACGGAGCGACGUGGGAUACAUGUGGACCAGUCAGACCUGCUGUGCAAAAAGGGAUGUGGUUACUAUGGCAACGCAGCAUGGCAGGGCCUGUGCUCCAAGUGCUGGAGGGAGGAGUACCAGCGGGUGCGCCAAAAACAGAUCCAGGACGACUGGGCCUUGGCAGAAAAAUUGCAACGUGAAGAGGAGGCAGCGUAUGCCAGUGUUCAUGGAGCUCAGGCCCAGUCCCACUCCCAGCCCGCAGCAUCACAGCCGCACACAGGACACGCUUCUCUGGGAGCCUUCUCCAAGUUCGAGGAGAAGAAAACCAAUGAGAAGACGCGUAAAGUGACCACCGUUAAAAAAUUCUUCAGCCCUUCGUCACGCACUGCUUCCAAGAAGGAAAGCCAAGAGGGAAAGACUCCCAGUCCGUCCAUUAGCCGCCACGCCAGCUUUGACACAGAACAAGUGUCAAAGGACUUUGUUGACUUCUUGAAGAACCUCCAGAAACCGGGUCGAGAGAUCCAUAAGCAGUGUCGAGCCUUUAUUGUGAACAUGUCCAGCAAGAAGGACCUCGGUGCUGACGAACUGUCCGAGUGCGUGCAGGAUUUCUAUCAGAACAUGGCGGACCGCUUAAUGAGUCACUUUAAAGGAUCUUCAGAGUCUGUGGAGCAGGUGAUGGACCAAGUGGAAAAGUACAUCAUGACUCGCUUGUAUAAGAGCGUUUUCUGCCCAGAAACCACUGAUGAUGAGAAGAAGGAUUUGGCCACACAGAACAGGAUCAGGGCCUUACACUGGGUGACCAUCCAGAUGCUCUGUGUGUCCAUGGAUGAAGAAAUUCCUGAAGUCUCUGAGAAUGUGGUCAAAGCAAUAACAGAUGUCAUUGAGAUGGACUCUAAGCGGGUUCCUCGGGACAAACUGGCCUGCAUCACGCGCUGCAGUAAACACAUCUUUAGUGCCAUCAGGAUCACCAAGAAUGAGCCGGCCUCAGCUGACGACUUUCUCCCCGCGCUCAUUUACAUCGUGCUCAAGGCAAACCCUCCACGGCUUCAGUCCAACAUCCAGUAUAUCACCCGCUUCUGUAACCCUAGCAGGCUGAUGACUGGAGAGGAUGGAUACUACUUCACCAACCUGUGCUGUGCGGCGGCCUUCAUCGAGAAGUUAGAUGCUCAGUCUCUCAAUCUCUCCCCGGAAGAAUUUGAGCGAUACAUGUCAGGCCAAGCUUCGCCACGACUCAACAACUCGGAGGGCACGUGGCCUGACAGUGGCUCAGCAGUUGGGGUGACUCCCACCAACCCUGUCCUGGCUCAGCUCAAUCACAACCUGGAAAUGCUGUCGGGCCUCAGCAGCCGGCAGGAGUCGCUGAUGGAGGCUGCUCAGAGCCUGCAGGCCGACCUCAUCGCCUGGCCCAAGAACGUACAGAGGGAGGUGAACGACAUCCUGGAGAAAUACCCUCUGGAGAUUAUGUCGCGCACAGUUUCAGCCAUCGAUGCCAACAACAUGGACAAUGACCACCUGCCACCACCACUCACACCCCAGGUGUUCGCUGGGUAGUGGUGUCUACAAAGGGAUAAAGGACAUUUCAUACACAGCGAGGGUAAUCCUGCUUUUAAAAGUCAACUCACUGCUUGUAUGUUUUGAGUUUGAUGGUCUUACACACUCCUGAGUUUGGAGCCAUAUCACACUUAGCUUAUUCUGCACUUUAAAACCUAGUCACACCAGCAUUCAAAACAGCUUAAAUCUGCUGCAAAAUCAAUGCAUUGCUUGCUUCUUUUUUUAAAUCUUAACUUUGUGCAAUAACAAUGUAAAUAGAGAAAAAAGUGAUUAUAAACACAGACACACAGCAGAAUACAGACAAGAGUCAACCAAAAGAAAGAUUGAGAAAACAAACAAAUAAAAAGUAAUUACAGUAGUGGAAUAACUGUAUUUUAGAGGACUGAAAUGGAGAUGAUUAGUUCAAACGUAAAUUUGUGUAAAUUUUAACUUAAAUUAUCUCGACAGAAAGCAUGAAACUCCAAAGUGGAGGAAGCUAUCGUAGCUCAUUAGCUGUAUUGCCACAUCCAGCUUUAUUUAAACCUCAUCUGUCGGGGUAUAAACUCACACUAGAGGCAUGGUUUUUAGACAGCUGUGAGACAGGAGUCAAUUAUAUAAAAUGUCUCUUGAGUAAACUGCGUGAACUGAGAUAAUAAGCUGGCAAACUGUCAGUUUAACUAGCCUGCAUGCAGAGCUUCUUUUUCCUCUCUUCAGCAUCUCAUCAUUAAAGUAAAUGAAAAGAAGCCAUCACUCUCCAGCUUCAGUAGUCCACCAAAUAGCCCUGCAAGGAGUUACCUAAAACACCAACUUAGUUUGACUGGGUGUUUAUGAACAUCUAAUCCUCUUUGAAGCCUUGAAGCUCUUUCUUGACAGUUCCUGUUGUGACUUUUUGUAACCACAGUUUCAGUUUUCUGUGUUACAGGCAAGUAAAAACAUAUCAUACAGCACGUAUAAUACAUCUGUGUGGUAUGAUGUGUGUGUGUGUG